UUUUCUUCACAGAAAUGAACAAAAAGCUGAUAUACAGUUCGAGUGUGUGUGUACAUUAUUUAUGUUUCCAUAAACCCUAAAGGCUGGGAAUACCAUCUCAACACAUAACGGCUCCAACCAGUCAGAGAAGUUCAUGUUAUUCCCACUUUACACAGUGUUUUAUCACACAUGUGUAGCACAGACUCCUCCAGUGGGGGGCAGCAGCUCCUCCGACCAGCUGCUGAUCUGCACUCAUUCACAGCAGAAGAGGACUGAGGUGCAACAGCUGGCCCCAUCAUGCCUACUGCUGUGAUUAUGGAGGACAAUUUUGAUAAAUUAUUAGAGCAGUGUGAAGCCCAGGAGCUGGAGGCUCCAGGGGGCAUUGCAACACCUCAGGUCUACGCUCAGUUGCUGUCGCUUUAUUUACUUCAUAAUGACAUGAAUAAUGCCAGGUACCUCUGGAAACGGGCUCCCCAAGCAAUAAAAUCGGCAAACCCUGAAUUAACAGCUAUUUGGGCGGUCGGCCAACGCAUUUGGCAGCGGGACUUUCCAGGGAUCUACACAGCCAUCGCAGCUCACCAGUGGUCAGAGAAUAUCCUUCCGGUCAUGGAGGCGCUUCGAGAGAGCACGCGGCAAAGGGCGUACAGUCUGGUGGCCCAGGCAUACACUUCCAUCCAAGCAGAAGAUUUCGCUGCUUUUGUCGGAUACUCUGUGGAAGAGGCAGUAAAAGGUGUGGUGAGCCAGGGCUGGCAGGCAGACCCCGCUACCAGGAUGGUGAUGCCCAAAAAGCCAGAUCCUCCCCCCGUCUCAUUGGUUCCAAAUGAGCAGCAGUUGGCCAGACUCACUGACUACGUGGCUUUCCUCGAGAACUGAUAACCCACCACAACCCGCUGCCACCCUUUUUCGCUCGCCUGGUACAGAGGGAGAGAUCACAAGUUUUGGACAGACUCUUCCCCCUUCCUGCAAAGACCCACUCCCAGAUAGAGACGUACCAAAAACACACCAAUCAUCUUGCAUGAAAUGCUGCAAGCUCUUCUCCAAGACCUGCCUAUUUAUGUUCAACGACGAAUAUAACUUCCCCUGUUAAUUCAUACAGUGAACACCUUUCAGACACAAUGUUGUAUUAUAUUCUUUUUUUUUUUUGUUCUCUUGCUCUCUGCAACCCAGCUGAUGUAUACAUUUGGGUCUAGUUUUGAAGGAGGUAUUACAGGAAAUAUGUUUCCCAUCACUGUCAGUAUGUUUUUAUCGCUAACCUAACAAACCCCUUCCCUCACAGUAGAAAUACACAAACUAGCAUGCACAGUAGGUCCACUCAAAGGUUGUCUGGAAAAAAAAUUUUGUCAGGUAACAGAAGUCUUGGCAUGCAUGCAUCAACGUGUGGAUUUCAGACCUCAUAUUUUGCAGUUUAUGUUUUGACUGGUGAAUAAAUAUUUUGCUGUUUCUAA